AUGAACCUUAGUUCAAAGCAGGCCGUGGAGCACCGCCGGUUGUUCGAGGAGGCGUUGGUGGGGGUGGAGGUGUCGCCGUCUAAGCCGGCCGAGGAGCAGCAGCCAUUGAAGAGGCGGGCCAAGUCCAAACACGGCGGGAAGGUGAAGCGUGCAAAGAGGGCCGCCUCUCCGUCCGCCUCUCCGCCAGACUCCCCGCCGUCGACGAGCGACUCUGAGGAGGAGGCCGUGCGGUAUCAGGAGUCGGGGGUGUCCUCGCUCGAGUCUCCCUCGAGCUUGGAAGAGUACCCCACCCACCUCGAGCCCGAGAGCUCGGUGGCAGACUCCUCCUCCUCCGAGCCGCCGGUCGUGCCGUCCUCGGCGGGGUCGUCCCCUCGGCCGGCUGAGUCUCCGGAACACGCAGCCCAGGAACCGGCCACCUCCGAGCCAGACUCCUCCGAGCCAGCCGCCUCAGAGCCCGCCGCCUCAGAGCCCGCCGCCUCAGAGCCCGCCGCCUCAGAGCCCGCCGCCUCAGAGCCCGCCACGUCCGAGCCGGCAGUCUCCGAGCCGGCAGCCCCCGAGCCGGCAGCACGGCCUAAAAGACCUGUCAGGACCACCAGGAGGAAACCCAUGGUGGUCCUGUCACCUCUGAAGGUGUUGCCGGCGAAGGGGUCGCCGGUGAGGAGGCCAAGUCAAUCUUAUCAACUGACCGGCUUGGCCAAAGCAAGCCGUGCGCGGGCUAAGGUGCAGCGGGCACUAAGGGAAAUGAAGAAGUGAACAAUUGACUUUUUUGUGUGUUGAUUUGUUGUAUUUUGUGUUUUAAUCAGUUCCAAUAUUCCAAUAAUGUGUAUUUAAUCAGUUACAAUAAUGUGUUUUUAAUCAGUUCUAAUAAUGUGUAUUUAAUCAGUUACAAUAAUGUGUUUUUAAUCAGUUCUAAUAAUGUGUUUUUAAUCAGUUACAAUAAUGUGUUUUUAAU